GCUGCGUCAUCACGUACGAGCCGUGCGCGGGUCACGUGAGGCGCUGGGGGUGGGUCCGGGGGAGGGGGGGGGGAUAGGUCUCUCGCCUGGUCGCCAUGUCGUCUUUCCCCGAGCUAUAUUUUAACGUGGACAAUGGCUACCUGGAAGGGCUGGUGCGCGGCUUUAAGGCUGGGGUGCUCCGGCAAGGGGACUACGUGAACCUGGUGCAGUGUGAGAGCCUGGAGGACUUGAAACUGCACCUCCAGAGCACAGAUUAUGGGAACUUCCUGGCUAAUGAAGCCUCCCCACUCACCGUCUCUGUCAUAGAUGACAAACUGAAGGAGAAGAUGGUGGUGGAGUUUCGUCACAUGAGGAACCAUGCGUACGAGCCCCUAGCAAGUUUUCUGGACUUCAUCACGUACAGCUACAUGAUCGACAAUGUCAUUCUGCUGAUCACUGGCACCCUGCACCAGCGUUCCAUCUCCGAACUGGUGCCCAAGUGUCAUCCUCUGGGAAGUUUUGAGCAGAUGGAAGCUGUGAAUAUUGCUCAGACACCUGCAGAGCUCUACAAUGCAAUCCUGGUGGACACUCCCCUGGCUGCUUUCUUCCAAGACUGCAUAUCUGAACAGGACCUGGAUGAAAUGAACAUUGAAAUAAUUCGAAACACGCUGUAUAAGGCUUACCUGGAAUCCUUCUACAAGUUCUGCAAGUCACUGGGAGGUACCACAGCAGAUGCCAUGUGCCCAAUUCUGGAGUUUGAAGCUGACCGGAGGGCCUUCAUUAUCACCAUUAACUCAUUUGGUACUGAGCUGUCCAAGGAGGACCGAGCAAAGCUGUUCCCGCACUGUGGCAAGCUCUACCCUGAGGGCCUGGCUCAGCUGGCCAGAGCGGAUGACUACGAACAAGUCAAAAAUGUUGCUGACUACUACCCUGAGUACAAGCUGCUCUUUGAAGGGGCUGGCAGCAACCCUGGAGACAAGACCCUUGAAGAUAGGUUCUUUGAGCAUGAGGUGAAGCUGAACAAGCUGGCCUUCCUCAACCAGUUCCACUUUGGAGUCUUCUACGCCUUUGUGAAGCUGAAGGAGCAGGAGUGCCGCAACAUUGUGUGGAUUGCAGAGUGCAUCGCCCAGCGGCACAGGACCAAGAUUGACAACUACAUUCCCAUCUUCUAACCCCGCUCUGCUCCUGUCUGAUCCUCCCGCCCCUGGAGUCCAGAGGGACCCCCGCCUAAUGCCCUGAGUUACCCCUUGCCCAGACUCCAGGAUUGUCCCAUCUGUGGAACUGGCUCAGAUGAAGAAACUGUACAGUUGCUAGUUAAAUUAUUCAGAAGCUGAAGUUUGAGUUGUGUGUGCUGUGCGGGGUCUGGAGGGUCCAGUGUCACAGGCUUGGCCAUGUGUAGCAGGAGUGACGCCUCCUGUUGUGUAUUUCGUAGUCCCUGUGUUGCUGUACUAAUCUGCUGUAUGUGCUUAUGCUCCUAGAGCACGCACCAGCCAGGGGUUUGCUGCCUCCAGGGGGUUCCCGCCACUGCAGAGGAACACAUCAGCUCUGCCAUGGCUGGGGGCCUCUCUGGCAGUGCUCUGCACGCUGCCUCCUCAGUGUUGCUCAUGUGAGAUUUAGUUUGAGAGUGAUUUGUAGCGUAGGCUGUGCUGCUGUGCAGUCCCUGCAUCCCCCUGUAGCUCACCCUGACCUGGAAGAGACUGAGCAGCCCUACCUGGGACUGGGAUGGAACCUGUGAGAAUGCAAAGGCAGAGCCAGAGUGCUUGUGUGUCCCCACUCAGCAGCAUUUGAACUAGUGCAGCCUUGCUGUGUCCUCAGAAGCUGCUCUCACCAGUCUCACUCGUGCCCUGCAGCUUGAGAGGACUCUCUAACCUGGCUGAGCUCCUUCCUCUCCUGAAGACCCACAGCCUGGAGUUUACACACAAUUGUGCAAGCAUUGCAGCUCCUUUUGGCUUUGUGGAUGGUGCUGGACCCCUGCAUCGUCCCGGGGCAGGCAUCCAGGACAAUGCAGCCUCUUCCUCUGUGCAGGGGUCUGGGCUGGUGCUGCUGUGCAGCUGUAUGGGCACAGCUGGCCCAGGGCACCAUGAGGAGGGUGGCUGGUAGCAGAAAUGUCCCACGCCCUGUCCAGGCCCUGCCUGCCUGUGGUUAGGGAGUGGGAGCCAAGCCCUGGGCAUGGUGUGGCAGCCCUGCUCCUUGCUGCUUCGUGUCUUGGUGAGCCCAGGUCAGGGAGGUGCCCUGUGGCAGUGGAGAAGCCUUACUGGUGGGAAACAUGUGCUUGGUGCUGCUGCUGUGCAGGGAUCAAUGAAGAGUGUCUCCAUCUCAGCUUGUGCUGUGGUCACCUCUGCAGUGUUUGUUAUCCUGUGAUCCUCUCCUCUCUACACCAAUAAAUACCUGCCUCCUGCA